AUUUAUAUACCCAUCCUCGCUCGCUAACAAGUCUUUGGGUUUUCUAGGGUUUUUAGUUCCUCACACUCGGCUGGAAGUUCCCUUCCUCUUAUCCUUCCUGCGUUUCUACAGCUUGAUUCGUAAAGAUGUUUACGGCGAGGAAGAAGAUCCAUAAGGAUAAUGAUGCUGACCCCUCAGAAUUUGAGGAAUCUGUUGCUCAGGCACUGUUUGAUUUGGAAAACACCAACUCCGAGCUUAAAAGUGACCUGAAGGACCUUUACAUCAAUUCUGCAAUUCAAGUCGAUGUUUCUGGUAAUCGCAAGGCAGUUGUGGUCUAUGUCCCAUACAGAUUGAGGAAGGCCUUCCGCAAAAUUCACCUNGCGGGGGGGGGGGCACUGUUUGAUUUGGAAAACACCAACUCCGAGCUUAAAAGUGACCUGAAGGACCUUUACAUCAAUUCUGCAAUUCAAGUCGAUGUUUCUGGUAAUCGCAAGGCAGUUGUGGUCUAUGUCCCAUACAGAUUGAGGAAGGCCUUCCGCAAAAUUCACCUGAGGCUUGUUAGAGAGCUUGAAAAGAAAUUCAGUGGAAAGGUGGGGAGAUAG